AUGGCAGCUAACAACGAGAGAUUGUAUGCCGUACCCGAUCUGUUGAAGUCGGCUUACUACGCGUGUAACAAGAUCCAGCGCAAAAAGUACGACGAGCUGCGGGCUCCGGACGUCGACUUGCAGAUUUGUUGCGAGUCGCUUUUUCAAAUCGUGAAACUCAACACGGAGAGUGGUGGUUUCGACUCGUUGGGUGAUAGGAGGUCCAUGGUCGGGAAGUUGCAGUCAGAGGUCCAUGGCGACUUAAUCCGUAACUUAUGUGGGGAUGCCGCGUAUUACGGACACAUUGAUUGUCUGAUAUUCGCUCGCGAGAUUGGCGUUCCGUGGAAUGUUUCCUCUGAGGAAAAUUCCUACCGAUGGGACCCGUUAGCGUGUGAAGCAGCCGCAUCGGGAGGACACUUAGACUGUCUAAUGUACGCGCAUGCAAAUGGAUGUCCUUGGGGCACAAGCACGUGUUCUGAAGCUGCAGAUCAUGGACAACUGCACUGCCUGAUGUAUAGCCAUGAGAAUGAAUGUCCAUGGAACGAAUAUACGUGUUUUUAUGCUGCAAUUUCUGGGCAUCUGGACUGUCUUAUGUAUGCACAUGCAAAUGGAUGUCCCUGGCAUGAAGAAACGUGUUGUGUAGCUGCGCAAAAUGGAUAUCUGGACUGCUUGACGUACGCGCAUGAGAAUGGAUGCCCGUGGGAUGAAGAAACGUGUGAUAUGGCUGCAGGACAUGGACGUAUGGAAUGUCUGAAGUAUGCGCGUGAAAAUGGUUGCCCUUGGGACGAAUAUACGUGUUCUAGUGCUGCGAGAUAUGGACAUAUGGAAUGUCUGAAGUAUGCGCGUGAAAAUGGUUGUCCUUGGGACGAAAAUACGUGUUCUAGUGCUGCGGGACAUGGACAUAUGGAAUGUCUGAAGUAUGCGCGUGAAAAUGGUUGUCCUUGGGACGAAAAUACGUGUUCUAAUGCUGCGAGAUAUGGACAUAUGGAAUGUCUGAAGUAUGCGCGUGAAAAUGGUUGUCCUUGGGACGAAAAUACGUGUUCUAAUGCUGCGGGACAUGGACAUAUUGAAUUUCUGAAGUAUGCGCGUGAAAAUGGUUGCCCUUGGGACGAAAAUACGUGUUUUAUGGCUGCAAAAUAUGGACAUAUGGAAUGUCUGAAGUAUGCGCGUGAAAAUGGUUGUCCUUGGGACGAAAAUACGUGUUUUAUGGCUGCAAAAUAUGGACAUAUGGAAUGUCUGAAGUAUGCGCGUGAAAAUGGAUGCCCGUAUGGUCGGAAAACGUUUGAGGCAGUCGUUUUAUAUUGUUUGAGUUACCUCAAAAUUUGA